CGUGAGCGGAUCUAACAUGAUCUACGCCUAGGCUACUCGAGGACAGAAGUUUUGGGUGCCUGUUGCUCUUAACACCCAGUCUCUGCAGUUUCACGAGGCCCAGCCUGACCUCCCAACUGUGUUCCCGUCAUGGCACUCCACUCCAUGCCCCCCUUGCUGCCCCUCCUGCUCCUCUUUCAGUUCUGUGCCUCUGAGAAACAGAAAGUAGAAGGACAUGGCUCAUCCAGUGUGUCUCUGAAACCUGGCAGUAAUGACAGCAAGACCUGCAGUGGAGUGGUCACCUGUACGCCUGGAAUCCUGCUGCCAGUGUGGGGUCCCCAGAGCCCUGGUCUGGGGGAGCAGGCUUUACGGGCCUUUGUCUACUUCCUGUGCCUCAUGUACAUGUUCCUGGGUGUGUCCAUCAUUGCUGACCGCUUCAUGGCAGCAGUCGAAGUCAUCACCUCACAGGAAAAGGAGGUGACCAUCACCAAACCCAAUGGGGAAACAUCAGUGACAACGGUGCGGAUCUGGAACGAGACUGUGUCCAACCUCACACUCAUGGCACUGGGCUCCUCUGCCCCAGAGAUCCUGCUGUCAGUUAUUGAGGUGUGUGGGCAUGGCUUUAGCGCCGGUGAAUUGGGCCCUGGCACGAUUGUGGGCAGCGCUGCCUUUAACAUGUUUGUCAUAAUUGGCAUCUGCGUGUGGGUCGUCCCGGAUGGAGAAUCUCGCAGGAUCAAGCACCUGCGUGUCUUCUUCAUCACUGCCUUCUGGAGCGUGUUUGCCUACAUCUGGCUCUACCUUAUCCUGGCUGUCAUCACGCCCGGCAUUGUGCAGGUUUGGGAGGCCCUGGUCACUCUACUGUACUUCCCUGUGUGUGUGAUCCUGGCCUGGAUCGCUGACCGGCGCUUGCUUUUCUACAAGUACAUGCACAAGCAUUACUGUGCCAAGAAGCGUCACCGCACCAGCAAGCAUCAGGGAGUGGUGUUGGAGACAGAGGGUGAGCUGAGCAAUGGCACAGAAAUAAUCCAGGAUGCAAAGUUCACCUCUGAGGACAGGGCUAAGGCCACUGAAAACAUGGAUGUCAACCACACCUGCAUCACAAUGGAGUCCAUAGAGCUGGAUGAAAAUCACAAGGAGGUGAUCCGCAUACUGAAAGAGCUGAAGAGGAAGCACCCAGAGAAGAACUUAGAGGAACUGAUAGAGUUGGCCAACCACCAGACACUGAUGCCCCAGCAGAAGAGUCGCGCCUUCUAUCGCAUACAGGCAACACGCAGGAUGAUCGGCGCAGGAAAUGUUCUGAAGAAACAGAACAUGGAACCAGCACACCGCUCCCCACACACACUUGACAAAUCUCAGGAGCAAGACCUGUCAUCAUGCAGCUGUAUCAUGUUUGAGAAAGGGCAGUAUCAGUGCAUGGAGAACUGCGGCACAGUUAGUCUGCACGUCGCCUGUCAGGGGGGCAGUGGCAAAAACACCAUUUAUCUAGACUACCACACCGAGGAUGGCUCAGCCAAUGCUGGUUCCGACUACCAGUUCAGUGAGGGCACACUGAUCUUCAGGCCUGGAGAAACCAAACAGGAAAUCAAGGUGGAGAUCAUCGAUGACGAUGUGUUCGAGGAGGAGGAGUACUUUUUUGUGAAGCUGCUGAAUUUGCGGGUUGGAAAUGCAGAGGGCAUAGUUGAGACUGAAGGGGAAGGUGUGGUCCCUAAAGCCCGGCUGGUGGAGCCAUUAGUCGCCACAGUGACCAUCCUGGACGAUGACCAUGGUGGGAUCUUCACCUUCGGUCAGCCACUGCUGCAUGUGAGUGAAAGCGCUGGAAUCUUGGAGGUGGCAGUGUUGCGCAACUCCGGUGCCUGUGGCACCGUUAUCCUACCCUAUUACAGUGAGGAUGGCACCGCCCAUGGAGGAGGUGUGGACUAUGAGGAUGUACAUGGCGAGCUGGUGUUUGCCAACAACCAGACCUGUCAAAACCUGCAGGUACGCAUCAUUGACGACCAGGAGUAUGAGAAGCAAGAGAACUUCUUCAUAGUGUUACAAGAACCACGAUGGCUCAAGAAGGGGAUCACAGACAGCCCCAGUGAUGUGGAGGAUGAAUCUUGCCAUACUGCAGAGAUGGGGAUGCCAAUUCUAGGGGAGUUCAGUCGGCUCGAAGUAAUCAUUGAGGAGUCCUUAGAUUUCAAGAUCCUGCAGGGAAUGUCUCCCAAUGGGAUACUUGACCAGAGCACAGUAGACAAGCUGAUAAAGAAGACCAACCUGGCACAAGUGAUUGGGACUUACUCCUGGAGAGAGCAGUUUAUCGAAGCGGUGACCGUCAGUGCAGGGGAUGGUGACAUGGAAGACCCAGAGGAAGAAGAGGUGCAGGUUCCAUCCUGCUUUGACUAUGUCAUGCACUUCCUAACAGUUUUCUGGAAGAUUUUGUUUGCCUGCGUGCCACCCACUGGAUACUGGAAUGGCUGGGCAUGUUUUAUGGUGUCCAUCAUUGUGAUUGGCUUCCUCACAGCAGUGAUUGGGGACUUGGCCUCACAUUUUGGCUGCACUGUGGGUCUGCGUGACUCUGUGACUGCAGUGGUCUUUGUGGCCUUGGGCACCUCUGUUCCUGACACCUUUGCCAGUAAGGUGGCGGCCAUGCAGGACAAGUAUGCAGAUGCUUCGGUGGGAAACGUGACAGGCAGUAAUGCAGUGAAUGUGUUCCUUGGUAUUGGGGUGGCGUGGUCCGUCGCUGCAGUAUACUGGGAGGUGCAGGGACAGAGUUUCCAUGUGGACCCUGGCUCACUGGCCUUCUCCGUCACCCUGUUUACUGUCUUCGCCUUCCUCAGUGUGGGUGUGCUGCUGCUCCGCCGUCGGCCUGCCAUCGGUGGCGAGCUGGGUGGCCCUCGCACUGCUAAGCUGCUUACAACCCUGCUGUUCUUGGGCCUGUGGCUGCUGUACAUCCUCUUCUCCAGCCUGGAGGCCUACUGUCACAUACAGGCCUUCUGAACAGGGCAGUUAGGGUUGUUAAACAGGACCACACAGGGUUGUUCAACUGGACCACACAGAGAUAUUAAACAGGGUCAUACAGAGCUGAUAAACAGAGCCAAAUUGUGCCACACAUUCACAUGCAUCACAUAAUAGCCUAUCUGAAACACCACCACUCACUGUCUACCAAAGAAGGGAUACAUACAAUCACAGUAGAACUCAUGGUGAUUAAGAGGACUCUGUCACCAUAACCCUACAUGGUACCCCCAGACUCCCUUAGCAUGCAAGCCCAGGGUAUACCCAAAGCAAGAUAAUUGUGCUUUUUGUCAAAACUGUGAAUGGCUAUAGGUUCAGAUAAUGUGGAAUUAAAGAGAAACUAUUUUAAUUAUAUCUAGCAUCAAGAUUACAUGUUAUAUGAUGCUGCAAAUAUCUAUUCAUAUACUUAUUUUUUAUUCAUUCAUUUAUAUUUGUUUGUUGAAAAUAUAAAGAUAUAUGCA